AUGUUUUCGAAUUAGAGUGAAUAUGAUUUAAGAGUGUUUAUGUCCUCCUAUUCAGAUGCUCUACAUUGUUUAAAAUAAUCAGCUGAUAAAUCUACAUUAAGAAAAAAUUAUGAAAAUAUUGCAAAUCGACUUACUAUUUAUGUAAAAUAAAAGAAAGUAUUAAGUAUAUAUAUUUAUGUAGAUGUUUGGUGAAGCUAAUAUAUCUAAAAAUGAAGAGAGAGACAUAUUAGCAUUUUAAUAUACACAGUAAAAUAUUAAAAAAUAUAUAAAAUUAGUUAUAUUUUUUUAAAAUAUUUACCAGAUUUUGACAAUUUUAAAGGAAAUUAUGAAUAGUUGUAGACAAUCCUAAAUAAUUCAUUUAAUUCUUUAUCUUCAGAUUAUCAACUGUAUUCAUAGUAAUCAUAAAAAUAAUAAUCAUAAUGA